AUGUCAACGGAGCUGGAGCUGCCCUUCCGGCUGGACACCCAACUGACGGAGGUGAUGCGCCUCAGAGUUCAGUCCCUGCAGCAGAGGGGCCAGAAGAGGCAGGAGGGCGAGCGGCUGCUGCAGGCCAACGAGGCGGUGUACCGGCUGGACUUCUCCAAACAGUCCCUCCGGUUCUCACACUGGACGGUGCGGCUUACCCAGCUGGGUCGCCUCACCAUCACGGCUACGUCGCAGCUCUGGACACCCGACCUCACCAACCUGAUGACACGGCAGCUGCUGGAGCCCGCCGGGGUUUUCUGGAGAGCGGCGGGCGAUGCCUCCGAUGCACCUGUCCAGUGCUACGAGGCAGAUGCUGAUGAGUUUGGUGAGAGGAUUGCGGAAUUGGCAAAGGUAAGGAAGGUGAUGUACUUCCUAUUUGCCUUUGAGGAAGGCUGCAGCCCCGAGACUGUCGAUGGCUCCAUCACCUUCAUUACGGACAGCUGA